CAUACCCAAACAAGGACAGGCGGCCAUCUGGUUUCGCUGCUGCAACGAUGACUUCAUCAGGUACUUCAUUGAACUCGAACUUUUGACGCUUGCUUCAGCGUGCAGGGCGAUCUGUACUCGACUGAGCGAGGGAUCGACAUACCAUGUCGAUGUAUUCCUCUAUGACGCUCUAUGAGCUUGGAGGUGCUAUUUAGCUUGGGCUCCCGUCUGCUCUCGAGGAAUGUCUACCUACUCAAUUCUUCGCGGCGCUCUCCCGAACACACUCAGAAAUAUCCAUUCUGUUCCCAUACCUCCUCUUCAAAAAAAGCCAAGAUUCAUGUCUUCCGCCCCCGGAGAGAACUUUGAGGUCCGCCAGACCUCCACGUCCGAAGACUUCCACCCGGACCCGUCCAAGAGCCUACCGCUCUCGCCCCCACGACAGCGACUCGUCGAUGAUAUCAUCGCACUCUACAGCUGCGAGCCGACCGUCGAGCGCGUGAAGCGGUACACGCGUGACUGCGUCUACGACGACCAGUUCGUGUACGCGAACGACCGGUACAAGAUGGCGGGACAAUGGUUUGCGCUGCCGAAGCUGUUCAAUGCGAGCAAGAACGACGGGUACCAGGUCUCAUGGACAUUCAAGAUCAUCCCCAAGACAGCUACUAUCAACGCGCUCGUCUCUCUCUCGCUCGACCCGGACACGGUUGACUCGGACUUCAUCCAGGUCAAGUACCACAAAGACCAGGCGAACGACAAGGACUACUCGCACGAGGGGCUCGGCUUCAGUUUCAAAAAGUGGCAGGCGGACAACGUGAUGAAAUAUAUGGAAGGCCCGGAGGUACAGAUGUUCAAGGCAGACGAGGGUGCGGGGAAGGAGGAUGUUAGGACGUACGGAACAGGGUCGGAGGAAGGGCAGGCCCCCAAGAAGCGCCUCUGA